CCAAAAAAUGGCUCCACAGCAUGUAAAAAUAUAAUAUAAGCUCUGGCGGACUUGGUUCUAUGGUAGGUCUUAAAGGGUUAAUAGAUGCUUCUAAAGAGCCUGCAACUUUGUGUGGUUGCCAUUUUGCAUUGGAUUGGGAUUCCACACAUAUCCCCAAACAAACAAAACAGCUGAUUCUGAGGGGAUUAGGUUAAUUUUAAUGGAAUAACUGUGCUGUAAUAGCCUUGCUAGCUUUACCAGGCAGAUUUCAGAGCUGUUUGGUGGCUGUAGUGUGUACCGUUCACAGAACAUUUAGUAUGACCACUCCAUGAAACCAUGCUUUAUUGGCCUGUUGGCUGGUAGUGUUAUUCUUAAUAAAACGUCUAUUCCAGUAUUUGAAAAUCACAACCACCUCUUGUGUUCCCUAGUGUUUCUUCUAGAAAGACAAUAGCUUUCUGUAUUUGUGGGGCAUUGCUGUCUUUAUUCUAACCUAACCCCAGCAUGCAAAGCUGUUCACAGAGUGUAGCAGUAUUUUAUGGGAAAACAGCAAAUAUUGAAUGCAGAAUGCAUUAUUCUCCUGUUUUAUGGGAAACAAUGUGUUACUGUCAGACUUUCUUAGAGUGGUUUGAUGCAGUUUAUUUCCAUAUUUUCUGUUUUAGUUAAAAACUGUAAACUUUGACAGACUGUGAUCAGCUGUUCCUGCAAACAACAUUUGUUUUCUGAAGCAGGUUAGAAAACAAGGAUGUGCAGCACACUGAUGAGUUGCUUACAGCCAGUGAUCAGGAAGAAAAAGUUUAACUGUCAGAUGUUGUCAGUUGUCAAACUAUCAGUCGACUCUGAAGGAAGCAUCUGCAGACGUGUUGAUAAUGUUCACUAAGCAAGGCUGAGGCUCUGAGCCAUAUUAUAGCCAUAUUUAGAAUCAACAUUUAGACAGUUUUCAGCAGUUAAUGAGUACGAUGAGUGCAGCGUUUUGUUGUUGUACAACAGUAUCCAGACUUUCUUUCACAGGCAGUCAGCGUACUAUUAGUCCUUUGCUCUUAGCUCCCACUGCAACCAUGAAGCCGUCAGCAAUGAUCAUCCAUUUCUGAUGUGGGUCAUUAAACAGGAAGUCCUGAGGGGCACACGCAGGCAGGCAUGGGUCCAAAAAGAGAAAGAAGAAGAAACAAAAACAAGGCGACUUGGCCAGACAGAAGGCUGGAAAUCUACAGCUCAGAUAGCAUGAUUGACAAUUUGGCAAGGAACUCAAGUGUGGGUAUGCUCGCUGAAGGACCCGAAGAGGAAAUUGGAAGCAGGUGUGCAGGUGGAUGUGGAGGUGGAGGUGAUAUGGAAAGGCAGGAGUACACCGGAGACAUUUGGACUGAAAUAAAGUGGCACAGCAGAGCAGGAGUUUCUUUUCUUUGCUUUUCCAUCUGUUGCUGUGGUUUCUUUCAAGUGGAAGAUGGUUUAUACCCCGGACUCAUUAAAGAGCAGAACACCACGGAAAAUAACAUUCCUGUUUCCAGGCACAACCCGGAAUAAAAUGUUGAUGGUUGUGUUGCUUGGUUGUGCAAGUUUUGACAAGAAGGACAAAUGUUUGAUAUAAAAAAAAAGGGUUGAGUUUUCCUUCGUCUGGCAUCUUGAUAUUCUGGAGCUAACUCCUCCAGCCUCCAGUUGUAGACCUUUUUGGCUUUUUAAAAGUGGAAAAUUCUCACUUUAGGCAUGAAAUGGACACAAAUCAGCACAGACUUAGCUCCAGACUCAGAGGCACUUAAACUAUGUAAAUGUGUAGUGGCUUAUAUGUUUGCCUAACAGUUUGAUCCCAGGCGGUGACACACAUCCCUUUGGGGUUGCAGUAGGAAGGGCAUCAGGUGUAAAAACUCUGUGAUGGGCACUUGUGAAUAGAAGAGCAGCCAAAAGGAUCUUAAAGUCUUGUCAUGUAUGUCAACUGACAAGAAGUGCACUCAGGAAAAAAAACAGCAGUCCCAGGAGAGGUUAAUGUUGACAAGGUGAAUCUUCAGGAUCCUCAUACGGCCGACCCUGAUGUUAGUUUAGCUGCUGUAUUUGUAAAAUAUUGAGCUGACAGUGGACGAGAGAAAAGACCUACGAUGAUAAAGAUGGACAGAGCAGAGAAUACAGCCAUGCUGUAGUUGGAGAAGAACAAUGGGUGACUAUAUAAGACAUGUAAUUAAGCUCACAAGUAGUACCCUCUUCAGACUGGUACCCUCUUCCCCCUGGUAAAAAGCAAUAUGGCGCAAUUUCCCUAAAUUUGGGGAAAUUAAUUUCAGGUCCUGUGUAAUAUUUGUCAUUCAGUUGCAUUAAAAUGAUAUAAAAGUCAUCAGCAUCACAGAAAGACUUGAAAGGUCCAGUUCAUUGACUUGAAUUAGCAGAACUGAGACCUAGAAGGCUGUGAUUGAGUGCAGCUACCUGUCUCUGCACACUUUUCAGUCAAAGCUUUUGCCAAAUCCAGAUGGGUGAGUUAUAACCAAAUCAUCACAGGCUGUCAUGAUGGCUGAACAUAGCUUUAGGGACCACAACAGGAUUGUGCACUGUGGUGUGAAUAUGGUUACUGCUGCUGCAAAGUUGGACUUGGACAUUGGAGUCUAUGGGAUUGAAUCACCUUUCAAGCCUGCUUCUAGUGGAUACUAGAGGAUCUCCCUUGAGGUUUCCACUCGAUCACAGGAGUGUGAUCCUAAAUCUGUGUUUGAAUGGGUGAAUAAUGCUUGUAGUAUAGAGCGCUUUUAGAGAAGAACAGCACUAUAAGAGCCAUUUAGCAUCUGAUUUGGUUGUCAUCGUGGAGAAGUUGUUACAAGGUCACUUUGUGCAGUUUGGACAGUUUCAUUCAAACUGCUUGACUUAAACUUACCACUGAAACUUUGUGUGGUUGCCAAAUGUGUUUGAUAUUGUGACGGCUCUCAGAAAGACCAGAAAAAGACACGGCCUUUAUUUGUGCAGGUUAAAGCCUUGAAAAACAUCUUGGGCUGACAGAAAUGUGUCACAUCAAAAGAAAAACCAAAACAACAAACGUGGCAUUAAAGUGAAGGGAGUCGAAUUUAAAGACGACACUCGGUUUGAUGAUCAGUCAUCUUUAAAAAAAAAAAAAAAAGCAGAAUAAUUUUUCUGACAAUACAAUUUCCAAAACAAACACAGGCUGGUUUAUUUUAUUCUCAGCCUGUGCGACGGUUGUCAGGAUGCCUCAGAGCAGAGCUGCCGUCCCCAGGUGGCUGCAGUUGGCAUGAGAGAGCAUUUUUAAAUGCCAGGAGCUUGGAGGAGCACCUGAAUGGCUCGACUGGCUGAAAUAAUAGCAGGGGAUACAUCUAAAGGCUGUUAGAGGCAGCUCAAUCUGGCAAGCUCUCAGAAGCUUCUUCUUGUAUGUGUCUGUUACUGGGAAACUCUCCUGUGUUUGUUUGUUUUUUAUUCUUGCUGCAGUAAAAAGAGAAGAGGCUCCGGAGGGACAAACAAAACCUAUUAUUGAAUUCUUGAGAAAUUAGGUCUAAUUAAUCUGUGAUUUAUAAGUUAUUUUCUUGUUUUUCUUUUCUGUUUUGAACUACAAGAUUAGAUAUACCAAAAUUACUUGUGUUGCUCAAGCAGUUAAACAAGCUUUCAUCAUCUGUACAGAGAACACACUGUUUAUGUUUGUUUAAUCAGCCAUGCGGCAAAUGUGCUCUGUAGUUCUUUCAACCAGCUCUGUGCACUUUGACAGUUCCAAGUCCAUGAAAACUGUGUGACUACGAUCCCAUAAAACCCUGUAAUGCUGCACUGUAAGAUGUCUUUACCGGUUAGUCAUAAAAAAUGCGUAAAAUAAAGAGCACAUAUCCAGGCAGGGUUUCAUUAAAAAACAAUAUAUGUUGCCAAAAAAUGUAUUUUGUGUGCACAGGACACACAAUAUAAAAUAAUCACCCAACAAAAUAAUAGUUAAUCUGCUGUUACAGUUACUAGUUUAUCUGUUCUUGUUUGUUAAUGGAUCAUUAGAUCAGCUCCAGAGACAUUCUUUAACAAAUUAUUGUUUAUUUCAUAAGAAAAAAUGUAAUCUUCUCUUUAUUUAGUGCUGUAAGUUAAAUGCUUUUUUCUUUUUACUUUAAAAAUAUUCAGUUUCAGAGAGGAGGUUCACACUGAGCACACGUGACAGGUGUGAAAGAGUCUGGAGGCGCUCUGGUGAAUGUUAUCAGACAUCAGGGUACCAGAAGCAAAGCUGCCAGUUGUGGUGUUGUCUGCCGAAUGCCGAUCAAGCUGCGUGGGGCUGAGCUGCGAGCACAGGUCCUGCUAAAGGACGCCGGGACCCGUGUUCCCCUUCGUGGAGUCUGAAUCUGACAUUUUGGUCAGAAACAUGAACCAGCGAGCCUGUCCAGCUCUCCUCACAUCUCCAUCUUGAAGUAGUAACCUGUGAAACCUGAAUUAUCUGCAGAUACUAUCGCAUGAUGACUGCAGUGAUAGGACAUUUAGAUGAAAAACAGUCAGGAGGGAUAAGGAGAGGAAUGGGCUGUAGCCACCAGCUGCUAAAACAUUCCCUUUGUGGGGUUUGUCAUGUUGUUGCCUGUCCAGUGGACCUGUUGUCAUGACCAUCUGCACCAAAGCAGCUGAAAUGGGCUCACAGUGGGUUCUGCUUUCUAACUGGAGAGAUUGAUAGCACUGAAGUUUAGCUUUGUUUUUUACUGUAAUGGCUGAGUGUUCCCUUCACUUAUUGACCAGUAAAUGCUUGUCUCCCAUUUAUUAAUUUAUUGUUUGUUAUCUUGAUUUAACCAGAAAUCAGACUUUUUUAUUUGUUCCCUGAGUUCUUGUGCUUUAUUUGGAUUUUUGUUUCUUUACUUUUUGGACUCGCCUCUGAGAAAAAAAAAAUGUGCAGGCCUUCUAUAUUUUUUUGCAGCAUUAAAUAUGUGUAUCUGCAAACUGAGUCAAACAACACUAAUUAAAAAAACAAACACCUCUUCCUCUGGAUCAAGGUGAUGACAACAAGUGCCCUGAGGUGUCAGAGGAACAGGUUCAGUAAGUUGUUUUCAGUUAAAGGUGUUUGAAUUUCUUAAGACGGUUCCUGUUAGUCUGUUUUCAUUCGUCCCUACAGGUUGCCUAACAUAGCUUCAGAUGACGUUGUUAAACACGUAAACUACCUGGAGAUAAUCCCCUCCUUCAGUUAAGCAGGAAAUUUCUUCGAAUUUUAUUGCAUCAUGUUGAGGUUUCAUUUUCUCUUGAGAGCGGUAACAGCAGGACAUUUGAGCGUCGUAGCCUCACGGUGUUGUUGUUGUUGUGGAGGUCAUUACCAAGCGGUUUCUCUCCACCUUUGACAUACACGGACAGAUGUGAGCCUCUUCUGGAAAGCCUUUUUUUCCCGGCAUAGGUUAAUUUUUUUCUAGUGUUGUUCCUCGUGUUGUUGACACAGCUGUUAAAGUAAACAUGCAUGAGCUGAGCGUUGGCGGUUGGGGUUCGGCCAAUCUGUGAAGAGGGGAGUGGGAGCCCUGGAGUCGCCUUCACUGAGGUUCUGCUCCUCCAGGAUCCUCAUGUUUUUUGGGACUGGUUGUCAGCAACGCCGUGAUGUGGUGCUGGAGCCGGUGGAUCUGUGGACUGCUGGCCGGGACCUGGGAUGGCGAGGAUUAUUACAGGACAGUCGGAAGAAAAGAAAGACAGAGCUCGACGCAGGAGAUCGGCGAGGAGGCCGAGGAGGACGCCAUCUUCACCAUCACACUGAGGAAGGUGCAGCUUCACCAGUCGGCCAGCAAAGGGCAGCGAUGGCUGGGUGUGGACACGGACUCCGCCCUGAGCCUCUACGAAACCUGCAAGGUGCGGACCAUCAAGGCCGGCACUCUGGAGAGGCUGGUGGAGUACAUGGUGUCGGCGUUCAAGGGCAAAGACUCCACCUACGUCACCAUCUUCCUCUGUACCUACCGAUCCUUCGCCACCACCAAGCAGGUGCUCGAUCUCCUGCUCAACAGGUAUGCCAAGCUCCAAAAUGUGCCUGCAGCCACAGCACACAGAGUCUCCCAGGACGACUGCACAGAGCUGAGAAACACUGUUUCGUCCAUCCUGGGCGCGUGGCUGGACCAGUACUCUGAGGACUUCUGGAGCCCUCCAAACUACGAGUGUCUGCAUCAGCUCCUCGCUUACCUUCACCUCCACUUCCCCGGCUCGGACCUGGAGCGCCGUGCCCGCAACCUGCUGGCCCACUUCCACCGAAGACAGCAGUGUGAGCCUGAUCCUGAUGGUAUGAAGGCAGGACAAGAGAGGGACACCAGAGCAGGGGAACACAUCGGCUGCCCUUUUGCUACGCAGGAAGAGAGCGGCUUUGAGGAUGAGCUUCCUGCUUUCAGUUUCCUGUCGUUUGACCCCAUCAUGGUGGCAGAGCAGUUCACGCUCAUGGACGCGGAUCUGUUCAAGAAGGUGGUUCCCUACCACUGCCUGGGGGGGAUUUGGUCUCAGCGGGAUAAGAAAGGUAAGGAGCACCUGGCUCCCACCAUCAGAGCCACCGUGGCCCAAUUCAACUCUGUCACCAACUGUGUCAUCACCACCUGCCUGAGCAACCCGGCACUGAAGCCCAACCAGAGAGCCCGUCUGCUGGAGAGGUGGAUAGAAGUUGCCCGGGAGUGUCGAAUACUAAAGAACUUCUCCUCGUUGCGAGCCAUCCUCUCCGCCCUGCAGUGCAACGCAAUCCACCGCCUAAAGAGGACCUGGGAGGAAGUAUCACGGGAAAGUUUCCGAACCUUCCGCGAGCUGUCCGAGAUCUUCUCUGACGACAACAAUUACUCCCUGAGCCGAGAGCUGCUGGUGAAGGAGGGCACCUCCAAGUUUGCAACUUUAGAAAUCAACCCUAAACGCGCUCAGAGGAGACACCAGCAGCAGAGAGACCUGGGAGUGAUGCAGGGGACGAUCCCUUACCUGGGGACUUUCUUGACGGACCUGGUGAUGAUGGACACUGCCAUGAAGGAUUACACUGAGGGUGGUCUGAUUAACUUCGAGAAGAGAAGAAAGGAGUUUGAGGUGAUCGCUCAGAUCAAACUGCUCCAGCUGGCCUCCAACAACUACAAUUUCACUCAGGACAGCCACUUCAGGGAGUGGUUCGCCGGCGUGGACAAAUACAGCGAGGCAGAGAGCUACAAUCUGUCCUGUGAGAUCGAGCCUCUGUCAGAGUCGGCGAGCAACACGCUCCGAGGCAAGAAGAACGGAGGAAUCAUGAAGCGCUGGAGCGACCGACAGUUGACGGAGGCCGGUUGCAGCAGUGCCGCAGGCUCUCACUCCAAGUCCUUCGACCACUCGCACUACAGGCCGUACCAAGGAGGAGGGGGGGACAGCGGCGACGCUCUCAGCGUCACCUCUGUCAGCUCGAGCGGAUCAGACCUGGAGGAUGUGAACGCCAGCUUCCUGUCAGACUCACCGGAGGGACACGAGAGAAAGACGUCGACUCCUUCGGUGAAACUAACUGUCUCAGCACUGGGAAGAGAAGCUCCAGCUGCAGAUACAACCUCAACGUUCUGGGAAUGUACGUCUCUGUCGUCUCUGGACACGUCCGGGAUGGGCUCGAGCUCUGGUUCAGCCUCCGGCUCCAGCAGCGCCUCCUCCUCCUCCGUCUCCUCCUCCACCCCGUUGUCGGCCUCGCGCUCACACAAACGCUCGGUGUCGGCUGUGUCGAACUACUCGACUCUGUCGCUGCCGUUGUACAACCAGCAGGUGGACGACUGCUGCAUCAUCAGGGUCAGCCUGGACGUGGAGAACGGGAACAUGUAUAAGAGCAUCCUGGUGACGAGUCAGGACAAGACUCCGGCGGUGAUCAGGAAGGCCAUGAUCAAACACAAUCUGGAGCGAGAGAAGACCGAGGACUACGAACUGAUGCAGAAAAUCUCUGAGGACAAAGAGCUCCGGAUCCCGGACAACGCCAACGUCUUCUACGCCAUGAACUCCACUGCCAACUAUGACUUUGUGCUGAAAAAGCGCGGCUUGGCACGGCCCAUGCGGGCCAAGAACGUGACCAGUUCGACGCUGCCUCGCAUGAAACAGAAGGGACUGAAAAUCGCCAAAGGGAUUUUCUGAGGAGACUUCCUCUCUCCUCCUCCUCCUCCUCCUCCACUCACCCUCUUCCUCCUCCUCGAUCACCUUCUCUGGCCUCCACUCGUCAGCUUCUGCUCAGGUGCUUGAGUUUUUGUUCAGACAAAAACUGGACACGCAAGAGGAGGAACGACCAAGCGCACUUUGGGAAGCAGAGGAGCACCUUAACACUUAACUGUCGCGUCGUCGGGACCCUGAGAGGACGUUAAAAGGCUGAAGGACACGCUUGUGGGGGGAACAAACGAGGCGUGUUGGCUGCUUCAGCCGGCUCAUGGAAAAGCAUCAGAUCUCCCGGUCCUUUUACGUUUCGUUUACAGCUGUUUACAUCUUAACAUCAGUUGGUCAGAUCAGUCGUUUCUGCACCUUCGACAAAAACACUUUUUUUUCCUGCUUUUUUUAAAACCAUGUUGCAGAGCCUCGUCCCUGUGUGAUCACUCUGUGGUCUUCAUGCUCGCACCCUCCUGCGUGGAGCAAACACUAACGGACAGAAAGGUGUCUGAAUGUGAUUCUACUUUUUCAGGGAGCUUUUGUUUCAAGCGCACCGCCGCCACCGCUUUUGCCCCGGUGGUCCCUGAUGUCGACAGUGCCUGCAGGACUGCAGCACUUGAAGGUUUCGCUCUCUGCCGCCUCAGCAUUUUAACACCAGCGACGCUGACGCGAGCGUGGAGAGAUCUGGACUCUAUAAACUCCUGAACGCUGCCAUGUUACACAUACACAAAAAUAAAAGGUCACGUGGCCUGAAACAGAGACGUGGUGUCAAAACCAGUGGGCGCAGCCAUGAAUCACAUGCCACUGUUUUCUUUUUAUUAUUAUUAUUAUUAUUAUUAAUUAAUGAAUCGUAACCACUACAUGGAGAAGGAUGCCACAGAGUGGGACAGAAACAUGAGCUGAGAACAAGACACAAAAAAACUGAGUGUAUAUAUCGAUUAACACCAUCUGUGCAGUAUAUUCUUUUCAAACGGACCACGAGAUUUUGUUAACAGACUCGACGCUUUGUUCUUUUCUCUUUGUACAUUUGUUUGCAUCUCUCUCUUUGAUAUGGUGCUGCUACUUAUCUUUCUGAAGACGUCAUAAUGAGCUGCACCUCACGUUUUUGUUUUUUCUCUUCCUCCUGACCGCCAGCCGCCAUGUAGGAACACAGAAACGUCUGAGGGACACGAGGCAUUACAGUAAUAAUAAUUAAAAAGGGCCGCUCUGCCCGGAACAGUCGAUACUCUCUGUUUUAGCUGUGCUUCCAACAUGGCGGCUUGGCUUUCAUAACCAUCAGUUUCCAAAUGUGCCAUGACGGGCCAGGUGAGCGCUGCGGUAUCAUCUAUGGUUUUUACGUGUCUGUGAUGGCAGCAGAGUCUUUCCUCUCUGGGCUCUAACUAACAGCACCUGUGGGGGGGGAAAGUAGCUUUGGGUGAUUUUUAGGUUCUCUGUUCCUGUUAGCGUACAGAAGAGCUCCUGAAUGUUUCGUGCGUAGGCGCCCAGGCGAAGGACGGUGACGCUGCCAGACUGAACACAGGGGAACAAACUCUUCUCUUUAUGCUCUCUGUUUCUUUAAAGGUAAAAAUUCAACCUUAAACACACUCAGCGCUGGUUAUUUAACAAGCAAUUUUUGGUGACUUGCUUCAAAUAUUUGUGGUUGGUAUUUCCUUCAUUUCCGCAGGUGCUAAAUGACAAAACUGAGUUGUUUCUUACAGCAGAAACACAUCUGAUCACAGCUAAACCGAUGCCAGACUAAUGUGGCUUAACCAAGAACAUUUGCCAGAUCUAAUAAAAAGCGGUGCAGAGGUGAUAAACAUAAACUGUAUACUAAAGAUGGACAUACCCACUGUAACGAGCCAUCAGUAGCAGGGGGUGAAUCAGCUGAGCGACUAAGAGACACCGUCAUAGGCUAGGGAAUGACAACCACCUCUAAUGGGGACCAUGGUUUCCAAAGACUUACACAAUAUUAUAUUCACUAAUACUUGAAUCUAACAAUUGAGACCAUAAACUUAAGAGGAAACUGUUUCCUGAGGUCAUAGGUCAUGUGAGUAGUGUGGUCAUUUUCUGUAAUAGAAGUCUAUUUGCAGCUGCAGGCGUCGCCCACUGCUGGCCAUUAGAUGCAAUAAAUGACACCAGAGUAUGUCUGUCUUCUUUCACACUGGUGAAAAGAAAACAUCAAAAUCUGUUGCAAAGCAUUCUGGGAAUUGGAGGAAAUGGGAAAUUAAAAAAAAAAGAUAAGUCAUCGGAAACGCACUAAAAUCUGAGGUUGGACUUUUUCCUGAUGUGUUAUUAAUAUCGCCACAACAACAAAUCAUCUGGCCUGUGCUGCGACCAUGUUUUGCCUUUUUUGUUUGUUUUUUCAUCUGCAUGAAGGUCACGUACAAACGAUCAAAUGAAUGAAACGCCUGUUAAAAAAGAAAAGAGUGAUAGCAGUAUGGUGAUGAUGAGCUGGAGGCACGGCGUCCGGCUGUCGUGGGUGUUGUUUGUUACCGCUGUGGCGUGAAAUCCUUCGCUGUUGAACACUGUGACCUUCGACCCUUUCACUCUGCCCUCUCUGCCUGUUGAUCGGCGCGUCCUGUCGAGCACUGUGAACCCAAACGUCUCAUUCCCUUCUAAUGAUGUCGUAGUGAACAUCCGCCCUUUGCUCAUCGCUCAGGCGAGCAGCAAAGGCGGCAGGCUUGACCCUACAUGUGCCAAAAAAAACAAAACAAAACAUGUAAAGACAGAAAAAGGUUGAACAGACGGGUCCUCUGCCUUUUCACAGUUUGUUUGUUUACUGUUGUUUUCUAGAAGGAAAAAAAGGGGAGAACACUAUGGAAAAAAAAAAUGUGUUGACCCAUUUCCCUGUGGAGACUGUUGUCCGAGAAACUUGAAGCAGACGUGUUUGUCAGGCGCUGACGUAAAAACUGCACUUUCAUGAAAAUGUUUUUCAUGUUUUAAAAUCUUUGUUUGGCGUGUCUGAAUCUUUUAUUCCAACCAAACAUCACAGGCUGGAUUACACGACGUGUCACACCAGACUUUGAGAUCUUAUGACCAAUUUCUAGUAAUGAAAACAGCUACAAAACUGGCAUUUCUAUGCGGGUGAAAUUGGGUCAGCCCCAAGUGGCCAAUAAAGGAACUGCAGUUUUGCCACUUUUGGAAUAAGUUUAACUUUUUCUUUAAUCUAAGCAGUUUGUAACUUGCAGAGGACCCGCUUACACUUUAUUAGUGAGCUGACCUGACCUCAAGUUUGAAGUCUUACCCUCUUUAGCCUCAACUUCCUAGAGGAAAAUAGUACACACAGCUUCUUCUAAAACCAAAACUAGCAACAUAUAUUUGAAUAUUUCACUCGUAGACUGCGUCUGAUGGCAUUUUCAUGUGUUCCAUGGCCUCAACUCAGCAUAGUCACAGCAGCAUCUGUUCUUUUUUACCUCAUGCUGUUGGGAUUUUUAUCCAUUCUUUUCUGGUUAUCUAUCAGGGUCGCUGGAGCCUAUCGCAGCUAACAUAGAGGGGGAGACGGGGUACACCCUGGGCUGGUCGCCAGUUUGUCGGCUAACAGAUGGAUAAUCAUUGACGCUCACAGUUGCACCUGCAGCCAAUUUAGAGACACCAAUUAACUGAACAUGCAAACAGUGGGAGGAAGCCAGAGUACCCGUAGAGAGCCCACGAAGGCACAGGGUCUGGCCGGUCAGUGGAUUCAAACCCAGGACCUUGUUGCUGUGAGGCAAUGGUGCUAACCAACAUAUUGUUGUGAUAUCAUCCAAGCCAAUCAGUGCAGCAUGCAGCCUUUUCUCUUCCUCUUUACACAACAGGACCUUGAAAAUUUCACGCUAUUUCUGUGAAAAAUAGUUUUAUUGUCUCCUACAUGUCAGUAAUUGAUUACAUAAAUAUAAAUGAGAGAACAAAUCUGACAAAAACAAUCAUUUUUAUAAACCAUAAGGCUGUGUUAUAAUCACUAUUUGUCUUACUGUCAACAUCUAUCACUGAAAAGAUCAAAACCUCCAAGCAUUAGUCUGCUUCUGAACCAUUUCCCCCUUCACAUAAAUCCACAUUCGGCUGACAAUAAGCAAAACAGAACAUCCCCAGCCUUAGAGUUUCACUUUUCCAAACGUGACCUGAAUGCAGCAUCAGUUCCUUCUCUGUACUGUUUGGUUGGAACGAAACUUUCACACUUUGAGUCCUGUUUUUUCUGGAUGUUUGGAGUAAUCGGAAAGCAGGUUUUCUGCAGCAGCUCCAUCUCUUUGUGUAAGUGCGCGGACCUUUGUGUCAAAUUUCCUGACCCUGCGAGCAUUUCUGUGCUGGUGAGGUUGACGUGAUGGACCAGUCUGUGUUUCGUUGUAGCUCGUGCUGACAGUGACAUACCUUUUUGUGAUUUGACCUGAUUCUGUGCGAGUUUGAACAAAAAAAAGAAAAAAGGCUGCGUUUACAAGGAGAAAAAAUACAACAAACUGGAAACCAGCUGGUGUGUGUGUGCGUGUGUGUGCGUGUGCGUGUGUGUGUAUUUUAAUUUUUUUAUUCUGUUCCCUGAACUGUGCUCGGGUGCCAUUUCCCAUUUUAACAAAAAGAUUUCAGAACUUUUUCUAACUGCUUCUUUGUUUUACUUUCCCCAAGAACACAAAACCUGUGUAGAAAACAGAAACUGUCCUUGAUUGUCUUUGUUUAUUUAUUAAUUUGUAUAUAAAGAUUUUGUUUUGCAUUGUACAUUCUCUCCUUUCUUGGUUAUAGAUUAAUAUAUUCAUGUAUAUAUGAAUAAACAUUAAGUUUAUAAAAGUAAAA